UCUCCAUUAACUACCUACCUACUUCAAGAGCUUACCGGAGUACCUUACGUAUUGGGUCCACCACGCGGUCGUGACCAACUUGAAACAGAUCCACUAGGGUCCAGAGAGGAAAAAGCUUAUUCCCGACAUAUUAAUAAUUAGGAGUCCUCCGCAUACGAGCUCUUUCCGCUCCCAUUUGACCUACGCCACGGUUUCCUUCAGAGUUCACAAUCAUCCAGGUAUCAUCAUGGCCCUUGAAGCCCCUAGUACGGACCCAGCGGUCCUGAUCGCCCAAGAGACGAGCGAUGAAUACACGUUCCGCACGUUCACGACCGAGACGGCCUGGACCCUCGGCACCGCCCUGCGCGCGAGGAUCCUGUCCCUGCCGCCGGACCGGCGCAAGCCGGCGCUGAUAUCCAUCUCGCUGGCCGGCGGCGGCGCGGUCCCGGCGCACAUCGUCUUCCAGUGCGCGACGGAGCCCGGCACCGUCCCGGACAACGAGGAGUGGGUGCGGCGCAAGCGCAACACGGUGCUGCGCUGGGGCCUGUCGAGCUGGGCGAUGCGGAUGAAGACGGCGGCGGGGCUGCGCGCCGCGCGGGCCGCCUCGGGCCCGUCCCCGACGGCUGGCGAGAUCGAGGAGGCGUUUGUGAGCAAGUACGCGCUGGCGAGCAGCAGCGGCGGGGCCGUGGCUGACGACUACGCCAUCCACGGGGGCGGCUUCCCGGUGCGGGUGCGCGGCGCGGGCGGCGCCGUCGUCGCGGUGGUGGUGGUGAGCGGGCUGAAGCAGGAGGACGACCACGCGGUCGUGGCCGAGACGGUCAGGGAGGUCAUUGCGACGCAGGGGUGAAGAAUGAAGUGCUCUGGUCGGUCAAUGAUGUGAAAAGAGAAAGGGAGGUUUGCAAUGGGUUCACUCCCUCCCCCUCCCCAACCAACAUCCCCUUUUCCGCCUAGGUAAUUACUUCGUAUACUGCCUAAUUACCUGGUUUACCUUGUGAACGAGAUGGCCAACUCAGGUGCUUCAGCAAGGUUGCCCUUGGAUCCUGCGCUUUUAUUCUUCUUCCCGUUAAUAGUUCAAAAGGGGCUCAAAAUAAGGGACACUGCUUCCUCUCUUGUGAAAGCAUCAACACGACAGUGACGCCUCUGGGUCCUCGACCGCAGCAACACACUGUUUCGUUCUUU